CUUAUUCUUCAUUCCAUAGUCUUUUUCUGGAUCGCUAGCAUUUGCGUCGACCCCCUUGGUCCCGCUGUCAGCCCACGAUCCGGAUCCGUCUGACACUCCUUCACGUUAUCUGACCUCCGAUCCUCUAUUCUUGCCACGUUCUCGGGCGUUGGCCGCGGUUGAACCAGCCGACGGUUACAGUCGCUUACCGGUUCCAGCCCCGUCACUCCCUCGACAGCAGCGUGCCGGCGUCGCGCCAUGGCGAAUAAUACGAUCGCAAGAAUGGAAGUCAUAAAUGAGUGAGCUCCCCGUUUCGAUCCUGCCUUCCCUUCCUCGAGCCCCGCUCCGUCCCCGACAUCCCUUCCUCCCUCCCCUCCCCCUCUUCCGGCGUCUCUGCGACGCCUACCUUGCUGACCGGCCCCCUCCUCCUCCUCCCUUGCGCGCCCGGCGGCGACGUUGCCGCCACUGUCCAUUCGCUGCAGUUCGACGACCACCCUGUUCUCUCGUCUGGACAUGGACCAUGACGGCAACUCGACGCUCGUGGCCAGCCCGACCCGGCUUCGAGGUGAGGUCCCCGACCUUCCGCCUCUCCUCGGACACCACGAGGGCGACAUCCAGCCCGUGCCUGCCGGGCAACGCGGGCUCACGUUCUAUAUGGUCUUCAUCUCCACGCUCCUCGUGGACAUGCUGUCCGCCAUUGACCUGACCGCCGUCUCGACCGCGCUCCCGACGGUCGUCGAAAGGCUUCACGGCGCGGACUUCAUCUGGGCCGGGGGCGCCUACACGAUCGCGUCCACCGCGGUGCUCCCCCUGGUCGGGGGCCUCGUCGAGGGCUUCGGGCGCAAGAGCGUCCUGCUCGCGUUCGUCUUCGUCUUCUGCGUUGGCUCCGUCCUGUGCGGGGUGGCGGUCAGCAUGCGGAUGCUGAUCAUUGGCCGAGCUAUUCAGGGCCUAGGCAGCGGGGGCAGUAUGUCUGUCACGGAUAUCAUAUUUGCGGACAUGGUGCCUCUACCAGAACGAGGCAAGUUUCAGGGUAUUGCAGCAGCAGUCUGGGCACUAGCUUGUGCCGUUGGGCCUCCCAUCGGCGGCGCCCUCGCCAGCUCGGGCAAGUGGCGCUGGCUGUUCUUCCUCAACCUGCCUCUGUGCGCUGUUGCGACAAUCUUUAUAUGUUUCUUCCUCCACUCUCACGUACCGACUACGAGCUUCAAGUCUAAAUUAUCAUCAAUGGAUUGGACUGGUAAUACUAUAAUUAUAGUCAGCACCGUGCUGGUGCUUCUUGCGCUCACAUGGGGCGGGCAGCGUUUCCAGUGGGUAUCUCCCCAGGUGCUGGUUCCGCUAAUUGUGGGAGCGAUUGGGAUUGUGUUAUUCUUUGUGGCGGAGAGACUAUGGCUUAAGGGCCCCACAAUACCGGAGUUCUUUUUCACUAGCAGGACAGUCCUCAGCGGCUACCUUGGCACCUUCUUCCAUGGGGUCGUCUCUCUCACCGUCGUCUACUAUCUGCCCGUAUACAUUCAAGCCUCGAAAGAUGCAUCUGCGCUGCACUCAGGUAUCGACAUGCUGGGCCUGUCGUUCACCAUCCCCGCGUUCGCGAUCUUCACCGGUAUCUCCGUCGAGAUCUUCAACAAAUACCGGCCACAGAACUACGUCGGCUGGGUGUUCACCAUCGUCGGCUUCGGCCUGCUCACCAUGCUCGACCCGACGAGCGACGCGAAGAUGUUCAUCGGCUUCCAGAUCCCACUCGGCGUCGGGCUCGGCAUCCUCUGGAUCUCGACCCAAUUCCCCAUCCUCGCGCCCCUGCCGUACUCGAACAGCGCGUACGCGCUCGCCUUCUGGAUCUUCGUGCGCAACUUCGCGCAGAGCUGGGGCAUCGUCGUCGGCGGCGCGAUCCUCCAGAACGUCCUCUCCGCGCGCCUCCCGCGCGCGUACACGCGCACGCUCCCGCGCGGCCAGGAGUUCGCGUACUCAAUCAUCCCGCAGAUCCACCGGCUGCAGCAGCCGCUGCAGGGCGAGGUGCGCGUCGCGUUCGCGGACGGGACGCGGCUCAUCUGGUGGGUCAUGCUGAGCAUGUCGGUCGCGGGGCUCCUGACGUGCCUGCUCAUGCGCGAGGAGGAGAUCAAGACAAGCAUGGACGACACGUGGGCGCUGCAGGAGAAGGCUAAGGCCAAGGCGGGCAAGGGGGACCCCGAACACGAGAAGCUUCACGUGGACGUCUGAGUCUGAUGCAGAUCGUGGUGGGGGGUCCGGCGCGAGUACAUCUAACAGAGCUGAUGCUGACUGCUUGUUGACACGACUACUACUCUUUGUCUGGGUUUGGCUUGGGGGGGGGUAUAUCUAAGCUGGGGACUAGUGUCGCUACGUAUUGCUCUCGAUUACUCACCACCACACACUCAUCGUUUCGUACGGAUGUACGGAACACAUUGUAUACUAGCCAAGGUAUUCUAUGCUACUUGAUUUAAUCGAGCC